AAAUUAUGAGAUUUUAUACAAAUUAUUCAUUUCAAUCAUAAUUAACUGACAAUUAGUGCACACUAUGGAGAGUCCAAACAUUUCACAGAUUUCAGGCACUCAUAUACAGGCCUAUGAAGAGCUCUACAAACAGGUGGACCCAACGGCCAGUAAUUAUAUCAAUGCCAUCGAUGCCGCAAAUUUCCUCAAGAAGUCGGGACUAAGUCAGGCAACGCUCGGAAAGAUUUGGGACUUAAGUGACCCGAACUGCAAAGGAUUUCUGGACAAGAGGUCACUGUUUGUGGCGUUAAAACUGAUAGCUUUAGUACAAAACGGAAGGCAACCAUCGAUUGGCGAUUUGGCUCUCAAUAUACCGGCGCCUAAAAUGGGAGACCCAAUUGAUUGGUCUAUUAGUCAAAGCGAUCGCCAAAAAUAUAGCGAUUUAUUUCUAACGUUGAAUCCAUUGGACGGAAAGCUGACGGGAAAUAAAAUGAAGCCAAUUAUGAUGGACUCGAAACUGCCGGUCAAUGUGUUGACCACAAUAUGGGACUUAAGUGAUACCGAUGAGGACGGCUCCCUCGACCUCCACGAGUUCAUUCUGGCACUGCAUUUGAUAUCGAAAGCGAAAGCAAACGUUCCGAUGCCUUCAGUACUGCCCUCAGAGUUAUUAAAUAUAAAACGAAAAAAUUCUCAGGAAAUGUGGUCUGCCUUUGACAGCACGACACCGAUGAUGAUGACCAAUCAGUUGACUUCUUCAUCGUUUAACAAAACAGGUUUAAUGACUUGGAUUGUGAGCGCUUCAGACAAAGCAAAAUAUGACGAAUUGUUCGUAACUGUGGAUAAGGACUUUGAUGGCUAUGUGACCGGCGCUGACAUUAAGAAUACUUUAGAAAACGGGAAAUUGAAUUCCGAACAGUUCGCUCUCGCCAUGUAUUUUGUGGCACAAAAGCAAAUGGGAUUAGAAUUGCCUCAAAACUUGAGUCCAGAUAUGAUACCACCGACUCUGCGGCCAAAACCUAUUGGAAUCGAUUCUAUCAAUGCCUUAGAUUCUAAAUCUCAAUUGAAUACAAAUGGAAAGUCGGAAAUACCUGCCCUUCAGUCCACUGGUAAUAAAGAAUUGGAUGAUAUGGCGGAAGAACUAAAAGAACUUCAAAUAGAGAAGUUAAGACUAGAAUCAGAGCUUCAUUCAGACGAAGCGAGUAUUAAAUUAAAAGAAAGCGAAAUAAAGAGUCUUCAGAACGAAAUCGAAACAUUGCAUCAAAUGCUUAAACAACUCGAUUCUCAGAAAUCCGAGGCAAGGAAGCGAUUGGACGACCUGGGCAAUCAGAAAAAACUUUUAGAAAAGAAUUUGCAUGAAAUUAAUGAGUCUAUAAAGGAGGAGAAACUUAAGGUCGAGAAUUUAAGUCAACAAUUAAAUGAUCAAAAAACAAAAGUCGAGACACAAGAGAGCGAACUGUCGGCCAAACGGAAAGAACUCGACGAACUCAAGUCAGAGGAAGCAAAACUCGAGUCUCAAUUGGACUCUUUGAAAAGGGAAAGUCAAAUGGUGUCUAAGAAUGCCGGCGAUACUCAGCUCGAAAUCAGUCAAAUUGGGACCAAAAUUGUUGAGUUGGAAGAGUACGAGAGGAGAGUCAACGAUGCCAUCAAUGAAUAUAAUUCUGCGCUUUCCACACAAGAUUUGGUCAAAAUAUCGAGUUUAUUGCCGCGAACUCUAACCCCUCCUCUCAUCGAACCCGAACCCCGCGUUCACAACGGAUUCAAUGCAUUCGCUAAUGAGUCCACUAUUACUACAGGAACUGCUUCUGAGUUCACAACCGAUCCCUUUGCGGGAGAGGAUCCCUUCAAAGAAGACCCCUUCAAGAGUGACAAUAGAGUUGACGAUCCGUUCGCUUCGAAUAAUUUUGCAAACUUUGGUACACCGGAGGCACCCAAAGUAGCAUUCGAUCCGUUCGGAACGGGAUCUUUCAGUGGCUCUAAUAAACCCGACCCAUUCGGUUCCGAUCCGUUCACAUCACAAUCGGUUAAUCCGGGCAUUAGAUCCGAGAGUCCGACGCCUGAACUUCCGCCAAAGAAGAGCAAAGCUCCGCCUCCACGACCGGCACCACCGAAACACGCGAGUAAAACGCCACUUCGGGCGGCACCGGCACCACCCGGGCAUACAUCGACAUCCGAUAAUACAUUUAAAAGCGAUCCGUUCGGCUCAAGUCAGUCCUCAUUUGAUCCCUUCAACGACAACAGUAAAGACGCAUUCGGUUCCUCUAAUUUCGCAAACUUUGCGAACUUUGAUAAGUGCGAGAUCCCGCCCCCAGUGGACCCGUACGCCACACUGGCCUCGAUUGCGGCCGAAUCUCAGAAAAUCUCAAACAACUCAAAAAGUCUCAAAAACGUCAACUCAAACUUCGGCUGGAAUUUUAAAGACAACAUUUAAUUUGAUUACUAUUUAUGGGACGAACUCUUCAAUCAAAUUCAAUGUCAUUAUUCUUAACACGAUUCCAUCAACUUAUCAU